GUAUGUUUAUUGCGAGUAACCGCUCUCACAAGAUUAGGACACGUAGACGCAUGCAUCUGCUUUUAAGUCGUUGCCUUUUGUCUCAUUCAAGUUGGUGCUGCCACACCACACCACAGCUUCUUAAAUUUCUUCUAUUGCGAUAGGACAUAAAUGCCCUUGCACCACCGUCAAGCACAAUGUAUGUGAAAGUAAACAAUCUCAUAAAAAAUUAAAAUAAAAACAGUCACGAAAAUAAAAGAACUGUUUUACCAUGAAUGAAGGCGUUCUCUGACGGAAACGGAACAAUAGAGAACCUUCAUUGUCCGUCGGCCCCACCACUUGACCUUUCUUAAUUAAUUUCUCACCAAGAUUGCUGACCACUUUGCCACUUUGUGCCCAUGCAUCAACCCAAUCAAAUACCUUUGAUGCUUCUUUUUCUUUUUUCUUUUUCCUUUCAUUUUACAGAAACGCAGAGUCUUCUCUCUCUCACUGCUACUUAGCACUCACCAAGUCUCUCUCUCUCUCUCUAAAAUUUUAAGUAUUGCCAUACCUUCUUCUUCUUCAUGUUUUCAAGAAAGCAAAUCUCGCCUCUAAAUACUCCAUUGGAGGAGGAGAAAGACAAGUACUAUUAUUCAAAAUAUAACGAAACCCAAUUCUCCCUCAACAAUCCCAAUUUAAAGUUUGCUGCCUUAGUUUUUAUCUUCCUAUCUUCUUGGCUUCUUCUUCUUCUCUUUUGGUUCCCCCCCAAAACCACAAACAAUGUCGCUGUUCUCCAUCUCGCUCACAAAACCCAAAACGCCGAAACCAUCAAUCUCGCCACCGCCGCCACAAAAUCGCCGUUCAAGGUUCCCACGUGCGACCCAAGCGUCGCAGUCUACGUGUACCCUCUGCCGCCCAAGUUCAACACCGGGCUCUUGAGCCGCUGCAAAACCCUCAACGUGUACACCGACAUGUGUCCCCACGUGGCAAAUCGCGGCCUCGGCCAGCCCCUUCCCAAGCUUGGCUCCCCCGCCGCCUGGUUCGCCACCCACCAGUUCAUCGCCGAGAUGAUCUUCCACGCACGUGUGGAGAACCACCCCUGUCGCACCCUCGACCCCGCACGUGCCGCCCUCUUCUACGUCCCGUUCUACGGCGGCCUCCACGCCUCCAGCAUGUUCAAGGAGGCCAACCUCACCUCCCGCGACGAGCUUGCCGUUGACCUCGUUCACCACCUCCAGGCGCAACCCUGGUGGGGGAGGAAUAGCGGUAGGGACCACUUCAUCGCCCUGGGGAGGACCGCGUGGGAUUUCAUGAGGGCCACCGACGGUCCGGAUUUCGGCGCCAACUCCCUCCUGAACUUGCCAGCUGUCAAAAACAUGUCGGUGCUGACCGUGGAGCGGCACCCCUGGCAAGGCUCAAAUCAGCACGGCAUACCCUACCCUUCCUACUUCCACCCCUCCACGUGGCAGGAGAUACUAACGUGGCAAAACAAAGUGCGGGAGAUGAACCGGCCAAACCUGUUCUCCUUCAUCGGCGGGCCCCGCAAGGGGUUGGAGAAGGCGGCGAUCCGGAACGAGUUCAUACGGCAAUGCGGCGAGUCGACUCGGUGCUUUCUCAUGAACUGUGGCCCCAGUGGGGCCAGCAAGUGCCACGAGCCGAGCGAGGUCUUGAAGGUUAUGACCGAGUCGACGUUCUGCCUGCAGGCGCCCGGCGACUCGUUCACUCGUCGGUCAACGUUUGACUCGGUGCUGGCCGGCUGCAUACCGGUGUUCUUUUCGCCGCACACGGCGUACACGCAGUAUAAAUGGUUUUUACCGGAAGAGGUAAAAACGUACUCGGUUUAUAUCGACGAGAAGAGCCCUGCGAGUAGAAAGAUAGAGGACGAGUUGUUGAAGAUAUCGGGCGAGAAGGUGAAGGCGAUGCGCGAGAAGCUCGUGGAUUUGAUCCCGAGUCUUACCUACGCGCAUCCGAACGCCACCGAUGUUGGGUUCGGAGACGCCGUCGACGUGACGCUUGCGUCGCUGGCCAACCACGUGAGCAAAAUGAUGAAUUAAUUCAAUUAAAUUUUUGGAGCUGCGAAUUGGAUUGUGUGCGUGUUGAGUUUGGGAGAGAUGAACAGUAUUGGGACGUAGAAGGUGGAGGUUCAAUGAAUUAAUUGACCUUUCCUUUUUAGCCUGCCGACAGUCCAGUUCUCCAUUACCCGCCGUCUUUUUCUUAUUUUGUAAAGAACAUUUCUAUUUAAUUCUUCAGAAAUUAAAAAAAAAGAAUUAAUAUUUUUUUUUAAUUAGUCACAUAUUUGUAUUGAUUGAGACAGAAUACUUUCUCGUCAACCGAUUAUACUAUUGAAGUACAAUUUUAAAGCUUGAUCAAGCGAUUAUAUUGUUGAAGUACAAUUUUAAUGACGAGUUUGAUGAUAGGACUUCGAUUGUCUGAAUGUAUUUUUCUUGAGCUACAAACUUUUUGCAUUCGUUACUUUUAUUUAGAAGUUGAGUGUCUGAAUGUACUUUCUUGAACAAAAUGAGUCUAUUGGCAUUUAGCCUAUAUUUACAUUUUGAUGGAAGAAUAAAGUAGUGAUUCAAAUUUCAUAAAUGAGUCUACUUGUGAAGAAGUUUUUAUAUAUAUAUUUUUUAUAAAUUAUUUUUUUAUAUAUGUUAAACUGUAAUUCGACGGAAUGAGAAAUAUCUGCUUAUCGAAAAAGAGUAUGUGAAACUGUUAAAAAAUUAGUAAGGGAAUCAAGUGAAAUACACAAGGCAACAAAUGAAGAUAUUUUAUUAUAACAAAAUAGUUAUACGACAAAGAAUUGGACAGUGGCUAGAAUCUCUAUUUUAUCAUACAAAAUAAGGAGAAUAAUGGGCGGCGACAAACGCGGCCCCUCCCUUCCACAUAUAAUAAACUAAA